AAAGCCAAUCGACAGCUUGGAAUCGAAGGAGAUUACCUCGGAAACAGCGUCAGCAUGAAUCUUCCAGUAAAGCCAAUCGACAGCUGGUCAAGCGGAAUCCGUCACUGGUCGUCUUCUGGUGGAACCGACAUUCGAAUCUCUUCACGCAACACUUUCACUCGAACUCCGUCGCUGGUCGUCUUCUGGUGGAACCGACCUUCGAAUCUCUUCACCCAACACUUCCACUCGAAAUGGAAAGCCGUCGUCUUCUGGUGGAACCGACCUUCGAAUCUCUUCACCAAACACUUCUACUCGAAAUGGAAGUAA